CCAGUUCUCACACUGCAGCAUCUGAAGAGCGGGGGAUCUCUCUUACACAAACAUAUCUGAACAUCCUUCUUUACUGCAUUCAAAGCCCCAUUGGAGCUAGCGUGCCCCCUCUUUCUUCCCCUGCUAAGGACUCCUCUGUGCCUUCCAACCAGCGUUUUGUCCGUCUCUGGAGAAUUUCCAGCCAAAAUGUCUUCUAAGCUGCCUUCAGGCAAACCCACGUCCCCUUUCAGGAAGAGAGGCAGCCUGCAGUAUACAGCCACUGGAGUAGAUCUCCGUGUUGGCCGACACCACCUCACAUCCCAGCAUUCCUUGCCUGGCAACCCUGUAGCCAAGCACGGCCACAUUGAUCUGCGCACAUCCAUGGAUGGCAAAUACAAAGAGAUUGCAGAGGAGCUGUUCUCCCGCAGCCUGGCUGAGAGUGACAUGCGGAGCGCUCCAUAUGAGUUCCCUGAGGAGAGCCCCAUUGAGCAGCUGGAGGAGAGGCGGCACCGACUCGAGCGGCAAAUCAGCCAGGAUAUCAAGUUUGAGCCUGAUAUCCUACUGCGAGCCAAACAGGACUUCAUGAAAACAGACAGUGCAGCUGAUCUGGAGUAUAUGAAAGAACAGAGCCAGGCGCCCAAAGAACUAUAUCCCGAGAGAGAGCUCGUCCCUGAGAGAGAGUAUCAGAGAGUCGCGAUCUCUGGAGAGGAGAAAUGUGGGGUUCCUUUUACUGAUCUGCUGGAUGCUGCUAAAUGUGUGGUCAAAGCUCUCUUCAUAAGAGAGAAGUAUAUCUCUCUGUCCAUGCAGAGCUUCUGCAGGACCACAGUACGUUACUUGCAGGAGGAGCUGGGUGACCGACACCUGGAUCUCAACACCUUUGAGGAGAUGCCUGAGUCUUCUGUAUCUGCAAGUGCAACAGUCCACCCACCUGUGUCAGAAACCCACCCCUAUGAGGGGUUUGACCCUGCCAACAUGCCCCCUGGGUUGGGCUACACCUGCAAGAUGGUUGAUGGUGUUGUUCAUGUUUACACGCAUAAUUCCUCAGAGCUGGAUCUGCCACACCCAGACCUGCAGGAAUACAUCGCGGAUAUGAACAUGAUGAUGGCGCUCAUCAUUAAUGGGCCAGUGAAAUCUUUCUGCUAUCGCCGACUGCAGUACCUCAGCUCCAAGUUCCAGAUGCACAUUCUCUUAAACGAGAUGAAAGAGUUGGCGGCACAGAAGAAGGUCCCUCACCGUGAUUUCUACAACAUCAGGAAGGUGGACACACACAUCCAUGCCUCAUCCUGUAUGAAUCAGAAGCACCUGCUGCGCUUCAUUAAAAGAGCCAUAAAGAAAUAUCCAGGUGAAAUCGUCCAUGUAGAACAAGGCAGAGGACAGACCCUAACAGAGGUGUUUGAGAGCAUGAACCUGACGGCCUUUGACCUCAGCGUAGACACUCUGGAUAUGCACGCGGACCGCAACACAUUCCAUCGCUUUGAUAAAUUCAAUUCCAAAUACAACCCCAUUGGAGAGUCCAUCCUCCGAGAAAUCUUUAUUAAGACUGACAACCAUAUUGAGGGGAAAUACUUUGGCCACAUAAUCAAGGAGGUGAUGGCAGACCUGGAGGAGAGCAAAUACCAGAAUGUGGAGCUGCGUCUCUCCAUCUACGGCCGCUCACGAGAUGAAUGGGAUAAGCUGGCUCAGUGGGCCGUCAAGCACAAGGUUUAUUCUGAGAAUGUGCGCUGGCUGGUGCAGGUGCCACGGCUAUUUGAUGUGUACCACACCAAGAAGCAGCUCUCUAACUUCCAAGAGAUGCUAGAGAACAUUUUCAUGCCUCUGUUUGAAGCCACUGUCAAUCCCAGCAGUCACCCACAGCUGCAUCUCUUCCUGCAACAUGUUGUCGGGUUUGAUAGUGUGGAUGAUGAGUCCAAACCUGAGCAUCACAUCUUUAACCUGGACAGCCCAAAACCUGUGAACUGGACGGAGGAAGACAAUCCUCCAUACUCGUAUUACCUGUACUACAUGUAUGCAAAUAUGACUGUACUCAACCACCUGCGCAGGCAAAGGAACAUGAAUUCGUUUGUAUUACGUCCGCACUGUGGAGAGGCAGGGCCUAUCCACCACCUCGUGUCUGGAUUUAUGCUCUCGGAGAAUAUUUCCCAUGGCCUACUUUUGAGAAAAGCUCCUGUACUGCAGUAUCUGUAUUACCUGGCUCAGAUCGGCAUUGCCAUGUCCCCGCUCAGCAAUAACAGCCUCUUCCUCAGUUACCAUCGAAAUCCUCUCCCUGAGUACCUGUCCAGAGGCCUCAUGGUGUCUUUGUCCACUGAUGACCCCCUGCAGUUCCACUUUACAAAGGAGCCGCUGAUGGAGGAGUACAGCAUCGCUGCUCAGGUGUGGAAGCUGAGCUCAUGUGACAUGUGUGAACUGGCCCGAAACAGUGUGCUUAUGAGCGGAUUUUCUCACCAGGUGAAAAGCUACUGGCUGGGGCCACAUUAUCUGAAAGAGGGGCAGGAGGGCAACGACAUCAGACGCACCAAUGUUCCAGACAUCCGUGUGGCGUACCGCUUCGAGACUCUGUGCGAGGAGCUGAAUCUGAUCACGCAGGCUGUGCGGUCAGAGGAGCUGGAGGUUGAAGAACAGGACUCCCUGUGCAUGACUGCAGGACCGGCCAGACGUUAGAGGCAUCGCACACUUUCAAUUAUUCAACAAGUGAAGAGUGCGAGUGAAAGAAUACCAACUGAAAACACACUUACAGAACCGAUGAAGGCUCCAGCAACCGACAGUCAACCUUCAAGAAACCCCAGAAGUCUCCCCCUUUGUCACUGUGGACCUUACACUGUCCAUACAUAACCUGCAGUCCAGCAUGAAGAUCAGUGGUUUACAUCGUCAUAGAUAAUGAACCGUCGUUUGGUGUUGCUUGUACACUUGUUCUGAACACUAACAGCCAUAAGCAUUGGCUCUUUGGCUAUUCUGUAUGAGCUCAAGUACCUACGCACAUCUCUGUCAUGAGCCAUCAUAAUCAUGUCAUUUUUAAAUGGAUUAUUUCCUCCUUCAUAUUCUUGGUUUUGACAGGUUAUGUUUUAAUGUGUCUUUUAUUGUGAUAUUAUUUAUUUUUCAGUGGUUAUCCUUUGAGUCAUUUGGCAAUUUUUAGUUGUGUCUGUAAUUGAACGAUUAUUAGUGCUAUUUAUUGUAAAUUAGACAUGAUAUCAAAGUGAAAUGUAUUUUUUCUGCUUCUCUAUCUCAAAAUAAAAUAUUAUAAUUAUGGGA